AUGGGUGUGCUUACGAACAAGGUCGAGAGAGACGAGCUUAAACCUGGAGAUCACAUCUACACUUACAGAGCAGUCUUCGCUUAUUCUCACCACGGCGUAUUUGUCGGUGGUUGCAAGGUCGUUCAUUUCAAACCUGAGCAGUCUCCUUCUUCUUCUUCUUCGUCUGUUGCUUCUUCUUCUUCAGUUUCAAACCUUAAUGAUACUUCAGAAGCUCCUUGCCCUACAUAUCCUGACUGUGGAUUUAAGCAACCAAAGAGCGGAGUAGUACUCUCUUGCCUCGACUGUUUCCUCAAGAAGGGCUCUCUCUACCGUUUCGAUUACGGAGUCAGCUCGUCCAUGUUCCUCACCAGACUCCGCGGUGGCACCUGCACAACCGCUGCAUCUGACCCGCUUCAAACAGUGAUCCACAGAGCAAUGCACCUUCUCCAAAACGGAUUCGGCAACUACGACGUCUUCCAAAACAACUGCGAAGACUUUGCUCUCUACUGCAAGACGGGGCUGCUCAUCCUCGACAAGAACGGUGUUGGAAGAAGCGGUCAAGCCAGCUCCGUUCUCGGCGCUCCUCUCGCUGCACUCCUCUCUUCGCCUCUCACGUUGUUGAUCCCAAAUCCUGUUGGUGUAGCUACAGUCACUGCUGGGAUGUACUGUAUGAGCAGGUAUGCGACUGAUAUCGGUGUUAGAAGCGACGUCAUCAAGGUUCCUGUUGAAGAUUUGAGUCUCAACCUCGGCAUCAAAACCCUCAAGUAA